UUGGACAUGGUACAAAAAAGCCACCCUUAAGCCCACUAGACGCUUGUCCCACCGGUUGAGCCAGCGAGGCAGGCACCGGGCACUAAAGAACACCAAAAUCCCUUGCCCUCUGCCUCAACGCUUCGAUUGCAAUUCCAGGUUUAAGCCCUUGAAUUCUCCAACUGCUCUGAUUUAUUUGUGUUUCUUGCAAAAGGGAAACAAAGAUUUCUAAGAGAGAAACCCUGAUUUUGUGUUUGUUGAAUUAUUUUUGGUGAGAUUUAGAUUGGGACUUCAAAUUUCUAGUUCAAUUGAAACAGUCUUAUUUUAUGUGUUUGAAUGCAGGAAACAAAGAUUUCUAAGAGAGAAACCCUGAUUUUGUGUUUGUUGAAUUAUAUUAGGUGAGAUUUAGAUUGGGACUUCAAAUUUCUAGUUCAAUUGAAACAGUCCUAUUAUGUGUUUGAAUGCAGGAAACAAAGAUUUCUUUAUGUGAUUGGAUGUCUGGUAAUGAAACUUGGCUGAUGACUCCUAAAUGCGAUGGUACUUCACAAAGUGGUUGUAAAGAGGCUGAGGAUUCAUGCCUUCCCUUUCCCAAAACUGGUUCUCAACAGUCAUCUGUGAGUAUGAUGUUUGAAAGUCCUAUGCCGAUUUUAGUUUACAGGAGGAAGAAACGGUGGGGCUGCAGCAGCAGUGCUAGUGCUGUUGUUGCCAACUUUUGUGCACAGGAGCUGGUUAAUUCAAAGAGAAGUGUGGAUUGUUUUUCUGUUGUUAGUUCUAAUGCACUUUCAGAAGCAGUUAUGGAGCAAAAGGGAGUUUCUCGAGUUGAACAUGAAACUGCAACAAAGACUUCUUUAUGUGAUUGGAUGUCUGGUAAUGAAACUUGGCAGAUGACUCCUAAAUGUGAUGGUACUUCACAAGCUGGAUGUAAAGAGGCUGAGGAUUCAUGCCUUCCCUUACCCAGAACUGGUUCUCAGCAGCCAUCUGUGAAUGUGAUGUUUGAAAGUCCUAUGCCGAUUUCAGUUUACAGUAGGGGGAAGAAACGGUGGGGCAGCAGCAGCAGCGCUAGCUCUGUUGUUGCCAACUUUUAUGCACAGGAGCAUGUUAAUUCAAAGAGAAGUGCGGAUUGUCUUUCUGUUGUUAGUUCUGAUGCACUUUCAGAGGCAGUUAAGCGAAAGGGAGUUUCUCGAGUUGAACAUGAAACUGCAACAAAGAUUUCUUUAUGUGAUUGGAUGUCUGGUAAUGAAACUUGCAAGAUGACUCCUAAAUGUGAUGGUACUUCACAAAGUGGAUGUAAAGAGGCUGAGGAUUCAUGCCUUCCCUUACCCAAAAUUGGUUCUCAGCAGUCAUCUGUAAGUAUGAGGUUUGAAAGUCCUAUUCCGAAUUUAAUUUACAGGAGGAAGAAACGGUGGGGCAGAAGCAGCAGUGCUAACGCUGUUGUUGCCAACUUUUGUGCACAGGAGCUGGUUAAUUCAAAGAGAAGUGUGGAUUGUCUUUCUGUUGUUAGUUCUGAUGCGCUUUCAGAGGCAGUUAUGGAGCGAAAGGGAGUUUCUCAAGUUGAACAUGAAACUGCAACAAAGAUUUCUUUAUGUGAUUGGAUGUCUGAUAAUGAAACUUUCCGGAUGACUCCUAAAUGUGAUGGUACUUCACAACCUGGAUGUAAAGAGGCUGAGGAUUCAUGCCUUCCCUUACCCGAAACUGGUUCUCAUUGGUUAUCUGCGAGUGUGAUGUUUGAAAGUCCUAUGCCGAUUUUAGUUUACAGUAGGAGGAAAAAACGGUGGGGCAGCAGCAGCAUUGCUAGCGCUGUUGUUGCCAACUUUUGUGCACAGGAGCCGGUUAAUUCAAAGAGAAGCACAGAUUGUCUUUCUGUUGUUAGUUCUGAUGUGCUUUCAGAGGCAGUUAUGGGACAAAAGGGAGUUCCUCGAGUUGAACAUGAAAUUGCAACUGUUAGAGCUCCUGUGAUGCCUCUCGCUUGCAGUAGAGGGCCUCACAUUUCGAAGUACGAAAUUGCUAAUGGAUGUUCUGGUGUGUAUGACCACAUUUCUGAUGAUGUACAUAAAACUGUUGUGCAGAAAACAAUAGAUGUUGACAGUAUAAAUGAUAGUUGCUCAUCAUCAAAGUCAAAUAUGGAACUUGCAUUAGCUUCUACAAAAGAUGAGAUGGAUGAAAACGGUGAGUGCUCCUCCUCUAGUGUAAUAGCUGCUGAAGUUGCGAUGGAAGAUCUAUCUGAAAAAGAUGCGUGCCACCAUAUACUUUGGAACCAGGGGAAUGUUGAUGAAGUUGGGCCUUCUAGCAAUUUUGUUAAUGAGGAAACUGGGACUACCAGUGGUGGUAGUUGUUCUAGGUUUUGCAAAUCUUGUAGUCGUUCAGGAACUGUUCAAAAGAUGCUAAUUUGUGAUAGUUGUGAAGAAGCAUUUCAUGUACGUUGCUGCACUCCCAGGAUAAAGAAACUACCGGUUGAUGAAUGGUACUGUAUUAUGUGUAUGAAACAGAAGCGAAUAAUGCUCAAAGAGACAACUGCAAGCAAGGCUUCAAGUAUCACUGGUGUAAUGGGCAGAUCCAGAGACAAAUCACCUAAAGGGGAAUUCAGUCCAAUAGAACUAAUGUUGAGAGAUACUGAACCUUAUAGAACUAGCGUUCGAAUUGGAAAGGGCUUUCAAGCAGAAAUUCCUGACUGGUCUGGUCCAAUUGAUAAUGAUGUUGAUAAUAUUGGUGAACCACUAGAAUUGGAUCCUUCAGAAUUUACUGAUUUCCAUGGAUCAAAUUGCAAUAAGUCAUCUAAAUUAAGCUUAAUAGGGAACUGGCUUCAAUGUAGAGAGUUUAUAGAAGGUGUAGGAGGCACUAAAGGAACCAUCUGUGGAAAGUGGCGCAGGGCUCCUCUUUUUGAAGUCCAAACUGAUAACUGGGAGUGCUUCUGCUGUGUCCAAUGGGAUCCAUCACUUGCUGAUUGUUCCGUACCUCAGGAGCUGGAAACAGAAGAAGUUUUGAAGCAACUCAAGUAUCUAGAGAUGUUAAGACCACGACUAUCAGCUGAUCGGCGAAAAUCAGAUCGGACCAACAACUGCACUUCGCAAGACCGUAAAUGUGAUACGAGAAAUGCAAAGAGCUAGGUCACGUGGCAGUGAUAAUUUUUCCGGAGCAUCUGUACAGCUUACCUUGAAAAGAUCUUGUAUAUCCGAAAUUCCUGACAGUUCCAAAGAUCUCAAUUUUGCAACUAGGUAUUUUCCUUAACGGUUAACUUGCAUUCCAUCGUAUUAUAAUGGAGAAAAAUGAAGUAUGAAAGAGUAUUUAGGCA